UAAUCGAUUUUUCUGAUCUGAAAAAGAAUCGAACACCGAUUUGUCGGUCGAUCAUCGUCCGCUCUACGUAGGACGAUUUCAAUUUCAUGGUUGUUUCCAUUGGCUUAUAUUAUGGUGGGCGGAAUCCGCGGUUCGAUAAGUUCGAAGUGUGAGCCUGGGAGCAACAGGCCAACGAGAGUCCGGGGGAGUUCUUUUAAUUUUUAAGAUAGACGAUACUAUUUAUCUGUGACAGAAUAUUAUGUAGCAGAAGCUGCUUUCUAAAAGUACCUCAUCCGGUACAAUAUUAGUGCAAUAUUAGGUUUAUAGGUUUCGCAAAUUCGAUAGUGAAAAAGACCUGUCUCCUACGGCUUUUUGCAACGUUAUUUCGUUGCAAAGUAAUUUAGAGUGCAAUAAAUUCGACAUUCGCAAUGGCGAUUAAUCCUGCGGAUUUUAUCAUGUCGAAACAAUGGAUUUUACUUUUUCUGUUUAUGUUGAGCCAGGUCAUUAAUGGCCACAACAAGGAUGUACACACUCCUCAGUACACCAAUGACAAUUUUUCCGCGGAAAUUAAAAAAAAGAACCAUUUCGUUAUGUUUUAUGCACCGUGGUGUGGACAUUGUCAAAGACUUGGACCUACAUGGGAACAGUUAGCAGAAAUGUCAAACGAGGAAAGCAAUAAUAUAAGAAUUGCCAAAGUCGACUGUACAAUCGAGAGCAUUUUAUGCAGUGAGCAUGACGUCACUGGCUAUCCGACGCUCAAGUUUUUCAAAGCUGGUGAAACCAAAGGCAUCAAGUUCAGAGGGACUCGAGAUUUACCUUCUCUGACUUCCUUCAUUAAUGAUCAACUAGGUAGUAGUAGUAGCACUUCUAUGCCUGAAGACGUCGCACCAUCCCCUCCUGAAGCAGUAAAUGGGCUGUUGGAAUUAACAGAGGAUACAUUCGAGAAACAUAUCUCCUCCGGACAUCACUUUGUCAAGUUCUAUGCUCCUUGGUGCGGACACUGUCAGAAAUUGGCGCCAACUUGGGAUGAGUUAGCUAAUAGCCUUCGCCACGACGAUGCAGUUAGUAUUUCCAAGAUAGAUUGCACUCAGUACCGCAGCGCUUGCGGCCAAUUCGAUAUCAUGGGAUACCCCACGUUGUUGUGGAUCGAGGACGGGAAGAAGGUAGAAAAAUACGCUGGUCAGCGCAGCCACGAGGAGCUGAAAGCUUACGUGUCGUCGAUGUUAGCCAAGAGCGCCGACAAAUCGAAUCAGAAGAGCGAGAGCACGGACGACACGCCGCAUACCAUAGUGAGCCUGACCGCCGAUAGUUUUAAGCAUGGCGUCGAGAAAGGCCUCUCGUUCGUCAAGUUCUUCGCUCCCUGGUGCGGCCACUGCAAGCGUCUCGCGCCCACCUGGGAACAACUGGGCAAGAAGUUCUUCGGCAAUCAGAACGUGAACAUCGUGAAGGUCGACUGCACGCUCGAUACGAGCAAAGAACUGUGCAAUGAACAGGAGGUGGACGGUUUCCCGUCGUUGUACUUAUAUCGAGAUGGGCGCAAAAUCUUCGAGUACAAUGGCUCGCGCAAUCUUGACGAUCUCUAUGAUUUCGUGAUGAUUCACUUGCAGACGCACGAUGAAUUGUAAGCGCUGCUGCGCGCGUUCUGCCGCAAUGCCGAAAUCGUGUGUGUCCCCGUCGACAAUGUAUUUCCAGUCAUAUAUUAUAAGUAAUUUAAUUAACUCCACGUAUACGACCGGCGCGUCGCUGAUCGACACCCUGUCCUGUUGGAUCGCAAAGAGAAGCGGUGACUUUUUCAUUUUUAUAUCCUACGUCGGGGAAAGGAUUGACACACAGAAAGAAAAAAAAGAAGAUUGUGUAGAACGUAUCAGCCCGUAAUAGGGAGAAAUGUACUUCCAUAAUAUAUCUUUACAAUUGCCCUAUCGUAA